AUGGAAGGAAGUGGAAUUUCUUGUUUUCAUUCACCCCUGUAUGUGAGAACAAACCACGUUACUUUUGAUCAACGGAUGUUAUUGAUUGGAAGAGAAAAUGGUUGGAUCAAUCGGGUCGUAUUUUCAUAUAAAGCUUUGGAAGCAUCGGCGAUGAAUGAUGAUGAACGUGUAGUGAAUAGUAUUGCCGGCAAUGAUGGUGCUGAUUCAAACAUUUUUCUAUUAAUUGAAAAUUAUAGAAUUCACGAUCGUGAUCGGGUCAAUUCUAUUCAAUAUGUGCCUGAUUUGGACAUGGUUAUUUCUUGUUCGGAUGAUCGAGUUUUCUUUUGGAAAUUUUGUGAAAAUUCAAAACAAUUAUCGAACACGGAUGCAUCUCCAAUAACUUUAUUCAAAUAUUAUGCGAGUUUCAAGAGAAAAAGUCGUUUUUUUGGAAUUUCAGUCUUUUUGCCCAAUAUUGCAGUUGUGUUUUGCGAAGAUGGAACUUAUUCUACAUUUUCAUUGAACAAAGAAACUUCAACAGAAUCAGAGUGUGUAACCAUUUUGACAAGUGACCAAAGUAGUUUUGAAACAAAGCAACCACAUCACAAAUCAAUACCCACUUUCUUUGCAAAGAAAAGUAAUAUUGGUUCCAAAAAACUGUUACACAUAGCCGGUCAUGACACCAAUCAAUCGCUUUGGACUUUAUGGGAUGAUGGCUCUAUCGUAUUACUGGCAUUGCAAAAAAACAAGUUCCAACCUUGGUUGGGAAGGUUAAGAGUAAGGAGUUUCAUUGAAAAAUUUAAAGGGAAACAUAUUACUGGAAUUGACAUUUCACCAAUCCGUCUGUUAACGAUUGUCAUGCGCGACAACAUUAUUAUAUGGGAUGCUAUGAGUGAUUGUAUAUUCUUUUCUGUUUCGCUCCAAAACAUGUUAGAAAAUUCCCAAUAUCUAACGUCCAACAAAACAUGGGUCACAACACAUCCAGUGAGAUAUGAAGUAUGGUUAGCUAACAAUGGCGAUAUUUCUAGAAUUUUAUUGGAAUCUAAAGAAUUACAAUAUGUGAAAACGAUUCACGGAUUUUCAUUUUCGGCAUCUAAUUGGCUGUCGUGUGAUGCGAGUGAUGCUAUUCCAAUACUUGUCCUAGGAACCUCUGACGGUUCUUUAUUGUUGAUAGACGGUCGUGAGAAUGCACAACGAUUGGUUGUCAAGCAAAUAGAACCCAAAAGUCACAGCGUACUUUGUGAAAAUUUAUUUAGCUUGUUGUGUCGUCGAGAGGUAUAUUUAGAUUUAACUUUUAGCUUUGACAACGAGAGAUCAGUCCUGAUUUAA